CCGUCUUCUUCCUCCAGAGUAUCGGGCGAAUUAACAGACCAGUCGCGUCAAUGCUGCUGUGGUAGUUGACUGCUUGAUAAUUGCUGUUCUGUAACCGAAACAAACAACAGCAACAACUUUGUACAUUAACAAUCGUUACUCCUCCGUGGCGUUAACAAUGUUGGGUAGAGUGUCACUUUUGCGCAGACAUGCACAAAUUAGUAGACUAUCUCUGAGCUAUGCAUCAUGCAAGCUGAAGCACACUCUUCCAGACUUGCCUUAUGAUUAUGGAGCUUUGGAACCCCACAUUAGUGCUGAAAUCAUGCAGCUGCAUCACAGCAAGCACCAUGCAACAUACGUGAACAAUCUGAAUGUUGCAGAAGAGAAGUACAAGGAGGCACAGGCCAAGGGUGACAUGGCGACACAGAUUUCUCUUCAGCCUGCUAUUCGAUUUAAUGGUGGUGGCCACAUCAAUCAUGCAAUUUUUUGGACAAACCUUUCUCCUAAUGGUGGUGGAGAACCACAAGGAGAACUUAUGGAGGCAAUUAAGCGAGAUUUUGGAUCUUUUGAGAAAAUGAAAGAGAAACUGGCGGCGGUGUCAGUUGGAGUUCAGGGAUCAGGAUGGGGCUGGCUGGGUUAUAACAAAGAGAAUGGUCGGUUACAGGCUGUCGCUUGCCCUAAUCAGGAUCCUCUACAAGGAACAACAGGCCUCAUCCCUCUUCUUGGAAUUGAUGUUUGGGAACAUGCGUAUUAUCUGCAGUAUAAAAAUGUCAGACCAGAUUAUGUAAAGGCAAUCUGGAAUGUAGUAAACUGGGAUAAUAUAGCAGAGAGGUUUAAAUCUGCCAAAAAGUAAAUAGAAAACUGGUCAAGCAUUUGAAUAUUAAAGAGAGCCUUUAUAUUUAACAGCAAAGUGUCAGCUUUGUGAUGAUAGAAGUGUGAAAAACAGUGAAUAGCUGGUCACUUUAAAUUGUUUUAAUUUUUAGUUUCAGGUUAAAGAUCGGUCUACUAGCUUAAAUGUACAACAAAAGCACUGCUUUGAAGGUGUGUUUGGACUGCUCCACAUGCUAUCUCGGAAUAAAGUGUUCAGACAUGUUUAGAAUUACAAUUGUAAUUGGAUAA